AUUAGUUUCAAAUCAGUAUUAAAUAAAAUAAUAAAUGAAACAAACAAUUUAUUGGUAAAUGCAAUCAUUCGAUUUGUGUUAAAAAAAAAAUGGCAAAAUUAGCUAGUUGUGGUGAUAAUAUCAAAAUUUAUAGCGUGCCAUCAUAUAAUACAAAUGAUGUACAUGUUUAUGAACCGUUUAAAGGUGCUUCAAAAAUAAAAACAAUCAGUUGGAGUAAGGAUGGGCAAUUUAUUGCGACUGUUCCACAACAAAAAGGAUGUAUUGAAAUAGCUACUGUAAAUGAUAAUGGAAUUAAAAAGUUAAGCAGUAUAAGAAAUUUUGAUUGUUCAACGGUAGCAUGCUUUCAAAAUACAUGUAAAAGAUAUGUAGCAUUGGGAUCUUCAAAAGGUUCAAUAGCUGUAUAUGAUUUAAAAAGUAAAAAAUUUCAAAAAUAUUUUGAAUCUGUAAAGUCACCGUUAACGCAUUUAGUAUUUAAUUCAAAUGAUUCAUACUUGGCUGCUGGAUGUAGUAAUGGGGAAAUUAGUCUAUAUAGUACAGUCAAGAAUGUCAAAUCCAAUGUAUUAAAAGUAAAUCAAUCACCAUGUUUAUCAGCAUUGAAAUUCCAUCCAACACAUAAAUCAUUUUUGGGUGGCGGUGAUGAUUAUGGUACCGUUGCAGUUUGGGAUAUAAACAUAAAAAAACCAAAAAUGUUUUUAUCAUUUAUGCAUGCAUCUCAUUGUAGUGAUAUAGCAUUUUCACCGGUCAAUAGCACAUUAGUAACAAGUGUUGGAUAUGAUAAAACAUUUAAUUGUUAUGAUCUAAAUUCAAACACCAAAGUCACUUCAAAACAAAUGGAUCAAGCACUUUGUUCAUUAGAUAUAUUAAAUUCAGGCAAUAUUGUUGCGUUAGGCUCAAAAUUUGGUUUAAUCUAUAUAAUUGAUUUACGUUAUCAAGAGAAAAUUGUCAACACAAUUGAAGCACAUAAUUCUGAAGUAACCAAAUUAAUAUACAAAGCAAUUAAUUCCGAUAAUAAUUCAAAUUCACAUGUAACUUCUUCACCAACAAAAUCAACAUCUGAAUUAGAUACAAGUCAAAUUACAUCAACUUCAUUGAGUGAUUCAUUCUUGUUUGGAAAUAACCGUCGUUUAUCUGCAAUCGAUACAGAUACCGAAGAAGUUUUUAAAAAUGUUAGUCAAAAUUCAAAUAGUUCAUUUUUAGAAGCCAUGGGAAUAUCUGAACCUAAAUACGAGGAUGAAAUCGAAGAUAAUAAAGAUUUUAAUGAUUUAAAUGAAUCGAACAUUAGUGUUUUUAAUCGAUUAAAAUCAACAGAUAGUUUAAAAUCAUUUGAAAUUGAAAAUAAUGAAAUAAUUCCAGUAAAAAAUACAACUUCAUCUUUAGCAACCAGCUCUGUAGAAGAAGAUGUUAAAGAACCAUCAGAAAGUACAACAUUGGAUAAUUCAGAAAUGUUAUCGGCAUUAAAUAAAGUGAAUUCAACUGUUAAUGUUCAUAUUGCUGAAGUAUUAGAUAAUGUACGUGGAACAAAUUUAAAAGUUGAUGAUGUAUUGGAAAAAAUGAGAAUGGAAUUUAUUUAUUUACGUAUGGCAAUGUUUAAACAAUUUGUUAAACAAGAUUAUAAAUUUGAAAUGAUGCAUAAAGAAAUGUUAGAAGAAAUUGAUAAGUUACGUGAAGAAAAUGCAAAUUUAAGAACACAAAUUAAAAAUAGUCGUAAUUGUUUAUAAAAUGUAUUUUUAUUAACUAACAAAUAAUACACAGUCACUGGGGUGCUCAUAAAAAACAUCCAAACUUCGAACUAAUUCUAAAGCGGUUUGGGAGCCUAAAUCGCGGCAAUAAUUAGCCUAAAUAAAUUUUAUAAAUUUGUUUUUUAUGAGCAAACUUUUUCGA